AUGCAAGCUCCUCCACCUCCGUACGUCAGUCUCAACGGCGGCCAAACCACCGGCGGCCGCCCUCCGCCGCCUUACCACCGCCAGGUCCCACGGUACAACUCCUACUACCAGAAGCCGAAAUCCGGCGGAGCAAAGAGCUGUUUCCGUUGCAUUUGCUGCUGCUAUAGCUGCCUUUUCAUCAUCGUCAUUGUCCUAUCCUUCUUGGCUUUCUAUUUCUACACGAUCGAGCACCCCAAAGUCCCUUCUUACAAUGUUCAGGAUUUCGAGGUCAAAGCCUUUGACCUCACGCCCGAUUUCAGCCUCAAAACCGAGUUCCUCGUGACCGUGAAGGCCGAAAACCCGAACAACAACAUUGGGAUCAUAUACGGCCACAGCAGCUCGGUCGGGGUUUAUUAUUCAAACAGCGACCUCUGCCGAGGGAAGCUUCCGAGUUUCCAUCAGGGGCAAAGGAACACGAGCUACAUCAAAAUCGACCUCACGGGGGAGAGCCCGUUCGGGUCGGGCCUGCAGGAGGCCCUGUCUGAAAGCCAGAAGAACAAGAAAAUCCCGUUGCUCGUGAAGGUGCGGGCCCCGAUUAGCGUGGUCGUGGGGGAGUUCCCGUUGAGGCAGUUCACGGUUUUUGUGAAUGUUUCGAUGGUGGUGGAUAACCUGGCGCCCAACAAGAAAAUCAAUAUUCUGUCGAGCAAUACGACGUACGAUUACGAGUUUUGA